AUUUUCAUCUCUAGAUAAUGGUAUCCCUAUAGUUUAUGUUUAUACUACAACACUGUACCUUAAUUGUUGUUUUAAUCAAUAAUGCUGUAAAAAGAGACUAAAAUACAAAACAAUAUUUAGCAAAUUAUUUGCUUGAUACAUUUUAAAAAGUUACUUUUUAAGGGAAAAUACAAAUAACAUUAAAUUACUUUGAAACUGUAAAAUAGGCUAGUGUGCUUAUCUUCAGUCGGAAUAUCUGGAAAGGCAAAAUAUAACAAUUAUUUGCAUAAAUGUUCAGAGCAUAAACAUCCUUUUAUAAGUAUUUAAAAAGUCCCUCAUGAUUUUGUUUGUGGCACUAUUUCAGCGGAAUUAAAUGAUUAUAGGAGGUAAAAGACAUUGUUAAGGGAGCCAAUUCGUAUUCUGUUUUCAAAACUCAGGGACAAGUUUGUGUUACUUCCUUCUCUUCAAAAUUAAUUUACGCUGAGGAAAUCCAUUCAUAUACUUAGUUUUAUACUCUGACUUGGAGAAAACGCCCUAAAGAAUAAUAUUUCAUUGUGAAUGUAAUUCUAUUGACAACUGUACCAUUUUCAUUUGUAAGCACAAACAAGUUACCCUCUCCCCAGGUCUCUCUAGCUUCAGGUUCCAGAGUUUAUGGGCUCUUCUUUAACUCAUCUUUAUAUUCUACAAGUGAAAACUCUGUAGACUAAAAAUACCUUGUUUCCUCUUUACCCAGCUAAGAAACUGAGCGAUUUGGUAGCAGAUAUUAUGUAAAAAAUGAACUUUUUAAUUACAAAGAAACACAAAUUGAACUGCCAGGCCUUUUGCAAUGAAAUUGGGCGGGCUCUUUAACUCACCAAUAAGACCUCAGUUCAUCUCUAAAAAUACCAGGCAGCUGAUCUGCUACAGUUUGUUUCUGUCCCAGACUGUCAGAUACUCUGCCAGUAUGUUAGAAACGGCACCUAUUGCCUCUCCCCAUGUCACUGCUCCUGGGGAGAAAUCCCUCGCCAAAAAAACGAAGACGGCAGAAGGAGGCACCAAAGCUCACAAACCCCCGGGUCCCAGCGUGACCGAGCUGAUCACCAAGGCUGUGUCCGCUUCCAAGGAGCGUAAAGGGCUCUCCUUGGCCGCUCUUAAGAAGGCUCUGGCCGCCGGAGGGUACGAUGUAGAGAAAAACAAAAGCCGCAUCAAGCUGGGACUAAAGAGCCUGGUGAGCAAGGGCACCUUGGUGCAGACCAAAGGCACCGGCGCAUCCGGCUCCUUCAAACUCAGCAAAAAGCCUGAUGUGACCAAGGAAAAGACGCCGAAGAAAAAGGCAGCAGCAAAGCCUAAGAAACCAGCUGCUAAGAAACCCGCCAGCGCCUCCAAGAAACCAAAAAAGGCUGCGGCCGUGAAAAAGAGCCCGAAAAAACCCAAGAAACCAGCAGGUGCCGCAGCCAAGAAAGCGGCCAAGAGCCCCAAAAAGCUUAUAGCCGCUAAGCCCACGAAAGUACCUAAGAGCCCGAGUAAAGCCAAAGCGGUGAAGGCCAAGUUUGUCAAGCCGAGUAAACUUAAAGUAGCGAAGGCGGCCCCCGAGAAGUGAAACUGAUUAAAGAGGAAAGGAAUCGUCUCAGCCAAACAAACCCAACGGCUCUUUUAAGAGCCACCCAUCCCUUCCCAAAAGGAGCUGAAAUGUCGGGAUCACUUACUUAAUAACCUAACCGUGUCUCUCUUGAAGGGCAGAAAUUCCCUUCUCAGGUGGCAACAGAAGAGGACAGAUACACGGCUCUGGGAAAGCGGAUUUCUUACUACCUUUCUUAUCCUACCUGCUCCAUAUCAGCUUUAGUCCCGCGCUCUCGGAGAAAAACAGUCUGAAAUGCUAAAUUUUUAGUGAUCUAUAGACUAAAGUCUCUUUUCUGACCUGGAAGGAGCAGGAAUAGGGAUUAGAGCCGUAGUUAGUUUGAAAAACCCGCACUUUUAUUUUCUUUAACAGUAAUUUAACAGUAUCAUAAGAGGGGGAGGGAGGGAUUAGAAUCUAUAUGAACUCACACUGCCCCUCCUUGAGAAGAUUAAUGGCUACAAAAUUAUUCCCCCCAGGAAAUCUAUUUGUUUUCCAGUCAGAUUUGUGGGCUAUUUUGAACUCUACGUUCUUUUAAAUCGGCAUCCAAGCAGUGGGUAGGGGAACCCUGCUCGUUGUUAUUACCCUUUUGCUAUAAUAUACUUUUCAUAUAGAUUCUAAUCCAUUCCCCACUCUUAUGAUACUUCUGAAUUACUGUUUCCAGAGAUAAACCGGGAAUAAAUAAAAUUUCUUUUGUAGUUGUUUCA